AUGACACAGAUGCAAAAUUUCCCAAAAAGUUCUUUUCUGAAUUUGGAGCUACUUUGGAGAAGGAUCAAAUUUAAAAGAGCUUCCAGAGAAAUCUGGUUGGAAGAAGAGGUGGCAGUGUUCCAGGAGAGCCAGGCUCGGUACACAAGCGCCUCUCAAGCUCCUGUUUGCAUCGCAUUUGCGGAGGCCCUGCUGACCACAGAGAGUCACACAGACAACCCUGAUGUGGGAGGGGCUGCACAAAGGCGGAUAUCAGGAGCUGUGCCACCUGGCUUGCAGGAUCUCAGUUCCCUGACCAGGGUCUGA